CGGAAGUGAACUUUUAAUGGCACCCUCGGAACACGUCGUUUGUCUCUGUGUUUGAGGACAAUAUUGUCAUUGCUCCUUUUCUGGGACUGCUGAAUUUGAAAAAGUAUCUCGCAUUGAGUGAAACUCGCCGCGCUGAGUGAUGGCGACUCUGGUCGAGGUGUUUCGAAAUGAAACAUGCGAAUUAAAGCGAAGACAACUACCCCUCUUCGUCGACGAUAAUCUUUCGAUGGUUAUGGAUUUAAACUCAAUGAACUUGGGUUGUGACAAUCCCACUGUCAAAGGAAAUGCACUGGAGGAGUUUUCACGAAAGUACAAUGUUCUCACCAUUAAUGAAGUUCGUGAAGCUCUGCAAGUAAGCUGCAAGGACUUACUCUCUAUCUUAAGUCAGACAGUGCCUUGUGUUGGUUGUCGUCGCAGUGUUGAGAGAGUUUUCUACCAACUCAUGAAAUCUGGUCACCCUGCCUUGGAUCCAAUUCUUAUAAGUGAAGAUGGUGUACUGUCUCUGCGGGACGACAAGACCGCAGCCCCUCAACCUUUAUGCACGUUACUGUAUAGGCAUAGUGAUUAUCUUAGUAGUUUGGUAGAAAGUCAGCCUAGGUCUAAGAAGAGCAGACGGUGCGUUCUUCAUUCCUUAGAUUCUCAACGGACCAGAGUUGUAGUGACUGAUCAGUGGCGGGAUGCCUGGGACCGUAUGAAACCUUUAUGUAAAGAUGAAGUUCUCUUAAUUGAAGCAUCUGCUUUACUCGCAACCCUCAACAAUUAUCUUCACAAACACAGGUUUUGUGGAGAGUGCCGUACUAAAGUUAUGCGGGCAUAUACUCUUCUUGUGGAAGACCCUGAUCCGUGCAAAGAAAAAGGAUACAUUCCAGCUUUGUACUCUGGUAUCAAGCGUUGCUUGCCAGACAAGCACAUUCAUCUGCAAUGCAAAACUGACUACAUAGCGGGCUUAAUCACUAGGGCUGAGCCUGAGCUCCUUGGCAGCCGUAGGGAAAGACAUGCCAAAACAUUGGAGAUCGCUCAGGAAGAAGUUUUAACCUGCCUUGGCAUUUGUGUGUAUGAAAGACUUCACCGAAUCCACUUACGCCUCCGCGAAGAGGAGUGUACGUGUCAAGUUCUUGCAGCUGUUGCAGUGGAUGCUCUUUGCAGAAAUUUUGAGCUUGCUGUUGAAACCAAAAGGGGCAUUUCUCAGCUGGAGCUGCUCUACAAGGAAAUGCAGCAGGAGGAGGCUGCCAAGCAGCGUUUAAAGGAACAGAAAAGGCUGAAGAAACGAAAGAAGAAGGAAAGAAGAAAUGGCCAGGAACAAAACAAUGUACAUGAAGACAAAGAUGGCUGUGAAUGUGAAUCUGAAGAGCAGUCAGAGCCCACAUGUGACCGACCAGCAAGCCCAUGUUCAUGCCCAGAAACCAGGCACCAUGUUGAUGUACUAACUGAAAAGCUUAAUGGGGCUCCAUGUGAUUGUGAGGAUUGUCGCAAGAAACAGGAGUCAGCUCACAAGACAGGCAGCCAAGAACCGAAACUGCAGCUCAACGGCAAAGACAACAGGAAAGGUGGUGGCAAUACCCAUACUUUGUCACCACCAAAGGAUAAAGCUGCUCAACUGUCUAAGGUUAAUGGUUCUGCGAAAGGAAAAACAGGCAACAAUAACUUCUCUAUUCCACACUGUGAUUCUUGCCACGAGUCAGCUGAAUGCAAAGAUGGAAAGAAAACUACAAUGGGCAAAGGGAAGACUUGGGCUUCAGAUCAUUUGGCUGGUGAUUGUGGAUACUCAUCUGGGCCAGGUCAUCCAGACUGUGCAUCCGGCACUGGAUCCUCUAGCCUGCCCAGCUCACCAGAUGGCUCGGAAGUAGCAUGCUCUGAUGGUUUUUGUAAUGGGGAAUGUUCUGGUGAGGGAUGCACAGAGUCACAUAGUUCAUCUCAAAACCACAAAUCAGGUGUUGGCUUACAGCUCACCCUAGAGCAAAUGCUUGAAGAGUCCUGUUCAUCUGAAGAUGAUGAAGAAAGUUAUAUUCCGGCUGAAGAAGUCCAAGAAUUUCGAGCCCAAAUGAGGAAUGUUAUGGAGAAACGUCAAGAGUUGCGUGAGACACUUAAAAAUAGAUUUGCCCAGCUUUGUGUUAAUACUUGCAACCCACCUCAAAAAAUAUGGAAGUAAGACUGCUUUAGACUGUCUGCAGCUGCCUAUUGAUACUCCUGUGGUCUUAUUUAGUGAGUAUGGGAAACUGAUUAAUGUAAAGGGUAUAAGUGUUCAACUUCAUCUGCCUGUAAGGCCUGGCACCGAGUCUGUUUAUCGCUUUUUUUUCCUGGAGACACCUAUAUUGAUCAUUUUAGAAAGUCCUUCAAAGUGUUGUCAGUGGAUGUGAUACUAUACCAAAUUGUGGAAAGCUCCUAUUGGAGCUGUUGCAUUUUAUGAGUUUUGAAUUUUGCCACAUGUUUUGUGGGUAUUGUUCUCAGCAUCUGCUUAUGUCCGGUUGCUGUGUUAAACGCUUAUCAGUCCCAUUAGGUGAAUUGUUAAUUGUUUUAGGAAAUGAAAAAGACUGUAUCAAUUGUUUGAACCUCUCCUCUCUUUGCUAUUUGUAUUAGAUUUAAUGCUACUGGGGCAAACAUUGCCUCCCAUUACUCAAGUCAUCUUCUAUCGAAUCAUGGUGUGGAAGUCAGCUUUUGUGUUGUACCCCAAUUGUUUUUCCAACUUAUUGGCAUAUUGUUGAAUUGUUUCUAUUGGUUUUCUUCUUUCAUCUUUUACUUAAUUUUUAACUGAGUGUACCAGAAAUCAUUUAAGAGGUACCUAAUGAAAUGGAUAGAUCAAACUGUCCUCUCAUGUAAGCAUGGAAACUGUGUCUACCUAGGGUACUAGGGUAAUCAUGUAAAUGUGUUUCAAAAUUCAUCUUUUGAAUAGUAUUUUGUUGAUGGUCCCUCAUGAUGAUGGUAGGAACAUCUUCUUUGUACGGGUAUUCAUUCUUUAAAAUAUUUUCUAGUUGGCUGAGCAUUGGUUGCUUCUUUAAUAAUUGUUUUUGGAGAUCUUUUUAUAGCAAUCAAUGAAAAUCAAUGCUGUGGAACAUAGUAUUCUGCAUAUUUGAUUUGUCUCAAAUGAUUUAUGCCUAUCAUUUUCUCCCUAGGUAAUUAGUGGUUUUUUUUUACCCAUUUUGUUUUUAUUCCAAAAAAAUUGUGAGCUGUGCUCUUGAUAUUUUGAUGUAAUUUUAUAACCAAUUCUUGCAUGUUAAAAUUUCCUUCUGCUUUCAAAAAUUUAUUACAGUGCACUUUUGGAUGAAAUUUAAUUUUUGUGUUUUAUCCGUUGGUAUCUGUAGUUAACUCCCUCUGUUGUUCUCCCUGCCAACUAUGCCCUAACCUUCUAUUGCUCCCCAAUGCCUAUGCUCAUGUGGCUGGAGUAGAAGCAGUUGCCAAUAGCAAAGUGUGGCCUUAGAGAUUAGCAACCUCAUGUCAUUAAAGAACCGGCAAGGCAGUUAUCAUUAAAAAAAAAAAAAAAUGAGUGACUCGUUACAAAAUAAGGUCCUCUGUAUUAAAAGCACUCAAACCACCUAGGUCAAGUCAAAGUUAAAAGUAAAUCGUUAAAUUUUGAAAAUAUUCCCCACCUUCUUACAAAAAGAAGGGUUGCAUGGGAUCGCCAAAAAAUUUUGAAAGCUAAUUUUAGGUUGAGGGCCGAAAAAGGUUGGGAGCCAUUGAGUUAGUGAUAAAUGGAACGUCCUUCCCUUUUUUAUUGUUUUUGGUAUUCAUUGUUCUUCUGAGGUUUUUAUGAUUGGUAAAGUGCUUUUUCAUAUUUUUAGUUUCUAUUCUGAAUCAGGGCUUGUAACUUUUAGAGGUUGAGAAUCAUCAGGCUUCUACAUAGAGAGAAUCAUGUGGACCAAUCUUUGAUAGGCAAGAAUCAGCUCUGCUUAGUGCACGUCAUUUAGGUUGAGUCAGUGUUAUGAAAUAGCCAUGUGUCGUAUUUUUUGGAGUCACGUGUAUUUUGAAUGAAUUUACAUUUGUUGAAUUUUGCAGCAUGAACCUUAAAAAUAUGCACAUGGUUACAAUCAUUGUAUUCCAUGUUUCAACAACCUCCUUUUUCUUAUUGGUGCAGAUAGUAUUGAUAUAUUUUGCAUUCCAAGUCAAUUUUAUUUACCAGAUUCUAUGAUUGUUAUGAGUAGGAACGUGGUUAAGUGUAAGAACUACCCAUUCAGCUGAUUGGUGGAUGGGGUCGCCGUGGAUAGCGCAACCAAUAUGGUGUGAACCCUUAAGUAAACCUAGCUCAUAGUUCGUCACUUGGCAGCUGCAGGCAGUCUUUAAGUCAGAUGUAUUCCAGUCAUUGGUUGCAAAUAGUGCGAUCCCUCUUCCUCAGUAUUCUCCUCACUUGAACAGUGAUAUCCAUCACCCUAUUAUGUGGUCAUGGAAUCCCAAGUGAAAUCUGUAAUGAAAAUGACUAAAAUACACGCCAUAAUGUCUGAAGUAUGAACAAUACUUCACCUAACAUUAUGGGAUGGUAAUGGAAUAAAUAAUGCUUGAAAUCAAAGA